CUUUACUUCAUUAUCCCCCAAUAAGCCGACCCCGUUCCGAUUCCUUCGAUCAAUUCUGAACAACUCCCAGAGAAACUUGGAUAUACAUAUAGACAGCACAUAACCGGUAUUGAUAAACCAUUGGAAUCCCUCUUCCGAGCUUUUCCACCCUCCACAUAACAUCUUGGUAUUGUGCCUUGCCAGCCAAGCCUAUCAAUUAAUUCGAUGAUUCUACCAAUUCCAAACUCUACUAUUAUCCGUCGCCGUGGAACCACGUCCACUUCACAUGUGAACAGAUGAGUUGUUUCAUCUACGUCGGGCUUAAAUCUGCAAAAUAAUUGACCUACCGUCAUUAUGAUAACGAGAUAUCUCCUUCCUUAUUCUUAAUCUUUAGACAGCGCCCUACGCUCGUCACCUUUGCGCGACCAGGAGUCAGCAUCGCCGGUAUAAACGAGAAAAAGGCUGUAGUAAAAUUGGUGUGUCUAAAAUUAUUCACGAUCCGGAUCUCGUUAAAUCUUCUCUCUUCACGACCGACUCUGGGUUUUCAACCCCUCAGCUCUCCACCACGUGGCGAUCAUCCUUGUCAAUUGGAUCCUUCGAACCCCCGACUUGUCAUCUGUACGCUUAGGUCCCGCAGCGGGAGUCGUCAAAAUGUCCGACGAAGGACGUGAGCGUAUCUGGCACCCAAGGCCCGCGACCACUUCGUCCGAUGAGGCUAGCUCUAGCAAUGUCACGGCACCGGACAACGAGCCGUCAGGGUCGACCUCGACUUAUACGGUGAAUAUACAUAAUCCCGCUGUCACGUACGGAGGAUUAAACCCCGAAAUUGAAGAGCAUGUCCUCAUUGUUAAGGCUGUUCCCGAUCAUGAUUUGCGGUACGAUACUGCGGAUCGCCGUAAGAUGCUCGGUUUCGAUUUAGACGAGGACCUUGACGUUCCUCUACAGCGACGUAGUACAAGCGUGGCAAGCCGAGACCCAAGCCCAGCCUUUUCGUCUUCGAGCGGCGAUUCCGAUAUAAGCCCUAUCCUCAAUCUUCCCUCCGAAUUAAUCGAUGCGAUAUUUUCCUGGCUUGCUCCUCUAGAGCUCGCCACCGUCUCCCUCGUCUGCCAUGCGCUGCGAAACCAUGCAAACUCCGAUACACAGUGGAGGCGGCACGUACUAUCGAACCUUCCAGGAAAUCGUAUUACUUCCCCGUAUCCCUGUCAAAGCUGGCGCGAGCUCUAUAUAUCACACGACCCCUACUGGUUUUUGACGAAACACAAGCUAUGGUUUUGCGAUCACGAGUUGACCGGCCAAAUAAUUAUCGUCCGUUACGAUGAACGGCGAGGCUGUAUUGAAGGCUAUCAGAUGCUCGCUACGCGUAAUCGAGAUGGUAGCGAGCCAUGGGGUGCCGACCAGGCAGUCCACAUUCACUAUUUCGAACCUACCGUAAAGUUACACCUCGACAAGCCCGUAUUGCAACUAGAUGUGGAUAGCUUCGAGAAUAUAGCUCGUGGAAAGUCUCCGUCUCUAUCCUUUCGACAUUUCUUCUCGGAGCAGCCAAUGCGUAUUAAUAGUGGGACGGACCCUCGAUUUAGCAACUUUCUUCUUGCAAAGCCUCUUACCAAGUCCGCCCUAGUUGGCCGUAUGACAAGCGACUUUCCGUAUGGUUAUGUCUGGCCCCCACCCGCGAUUCCAGCACGCCAUCGUGUGACAGGUCAACCGACCGGUGUGCAUCCGCUUGCGACAUCCCUAAGUUAUACGAGGUCGACGUCAUCAAUGUGGCAGCCGCGCAACCGGUCAGAAGCGUCUGAUCGAACGUUUCGCAUUAGGCGAUGGAUGGAGAUGGCAACUCUUGGUGUGCAUGCUGCCGAAGAACUAGUAACUUACUCAACUCUUGACUCCGCCCUAUAUACUCCGACGGCUGAAAAACCCUGGAGGGGGAUAUGGGUUGGCGACUUUAGCGGGCACGGUUGCGAGUUUCUAUUAAUCAACCAGCCUGACGACGACAGCCAGCAAGAACCCUUGGAGCGGCUCCAGGACGAGACAGAGUCGGAGUUUGAACAACGUUUUCUUCACGAACGUGUCUAUCGCGGUCGGCUAGAAGGGGUCAAGCUAACAGGCGACGUUAAUGUACCGAGAGGAGAGUAUACUUUUGUUGCUGAUGAUCUAAGCGACAAUGGAUUGUUGGGUACGGCUAAAGAGCCGCCGUUCGAAGGCGCCCGAGUUGUAAAAAGCCGAGGUCACAUUGCUCAUAUGGGAUUUUCUAACGAUCGAUACAUUGAGUCACAGCUCCUCUUACUCUCGUAUAAUCGCCUGGCUCAGUAUUGGGUUGGCUUCGGCCACAUUAGCUUCUUCGAAAGAGUUGACAUCGAUCAAUUCCUCGUGCCCAAGUGAUAUCGCCAUUAUUAUAAGCGUAUAUAUUAUUUUAUCAAGUACAAUGUAUCUUCGGAACUCAUCGUGUGUUUUCUCCUAACCAACGUUGGUCCUCGCUCUCUGUCAUCCGAACCCUUAUCCGUGAUAACUUAAAUUCCGGUUCGUCUAAUUGCGCCGAGGGCAUCUAAGUUAGAGAUAUAUGGUUGACUUAGCGCGCAUCUUAGUCUCACCUCCCUUUUGUGCCCCUUCACUGGAGAAUACCAUUGUGAUGAAAUCUAUGGAACCCAGGAUAUCUAUUCAUUCCAAAGUUUUAAAAGGUGUUAACUAUACGUCAAAGUACAAAGGCUAGAUUAAUACACACUUAAAAACUAAAAUGUAACAUACCCGUAUAUCCGAGAUGAUUCCUUGAGCGUAGCGGAGUGGAUGCCGUAUUAUUGAUAGGUAAGUAUAAGAGGUACCUAUGGAUUUAUAUUUAAACCCG